GUGAACAUUAAAACACCCAUUUGCGACAGGUACAGUCAGAAGCUGGCAGGUUGUGUUUGUUUGCUCGUUGUAUAACGCCGUACCCAGCAAUAUGACGGCGGUGAACUGGUAGGCGUGGGCAUUAAAACACCCACUUGCGACAGGUACAGUCAGAGGCUGGUUGUGGUAGGAAGUAACCAACGUCAGCAAAACAACCUCUAAAAUCAGUUGCCGUAUCAGAGAGCAGAGGCUCCAGCAAGAUGGCAGCCAAAUCUGGUGUAUCAGGUGAGGUUGAAGGCCAGGUGUCACGGGUUUCAGCAGACACCAAGAAAGCGGCAAUUCCCUCCGAGGAAAGACAGAACACACUGAACAGGAAUGAGGCACUGGCUCUGCCUACUAAGAGGGACGAAAGUGAAUUUGAGAAACAUUUCUCAAUCAUCAGAGGAAGGGCAGAUAAAGUCUUGAGCCUUCAUAUGGAAAAGAUCAAUGUUACUUCCAAGAAUAUUGAGAGUCUGUCAUCAAACAAGCAUGUAACAAUUGAUGAGUAUGAGGCAAAACGGUAUGAAAAAGAUGCUCUGAAGGAUAAGUUAGAAGAGUUGAAACUGCAGAAGGAACAGUUUACAACAUUUAUGAAGAGUUUGGAGUCGAGACUGGUUUCACUAUGGAAAAAUAAUACCUAUGCUAAACACAUUGAUAAUCUACGGAGAGACUUUGGUGUGGAGCUUUGUAGACUUACAUCAGCAUUGCCUAUGUAUGCAAGAAGAAAUGAUAUAAUCAGAACGGUACAGGACAACCAGGUUUGUGUUAUAUUAGGGGAGACUGGGUCAGGGAAGAGCACACAGAUGACACAGUACCUUCAUCAGGCUGGCUUCAGCAAAGAUGGAUUCAUCGUGUGCACACAACCAAGGAAGGUUGCGGCCAUAAGUCUGGCAACCCAUGUUGCAUCAGAGCUGGUGACAAAUGUGGGCAAUGUUGUGGGAUAUAAAGUUGGGAUGCAAUCUAAAUGCGGAGGAGCUACCAAGAUCUUGUACAUGACUGAUCACUGCCUUCUGAACGAAUGUCUGAAAGAUCCAAUUCUGUCUGCUUACAGCUGUGUGAUAGUUGAUGAAGCACACGAGAGAAGCAUCUACACUGACCUGCUACUUGGAAUGCUGAAGAUGUGCCUGAAACAGCGCCCUGAUCUCAGGGUGAUCAUUACAUCAGCGACUAUUGACCCUGAAGUCUUUGUCAGAUAUUUUGGCAAGUGCCCAGUCUUGAGAGUAUCUGGGAGAAUGUUUCCUGUCGAAGUAGAGUACCAAGAAGAAAAUGAUGGAGGCAAGUCUUUUGAUAACUAUCAGAGAGAAGCUGUCAACAAAGCUGUACAAGUCCACACAAAAGAUCCACCAGGUGACAUUCUGGUCUUUGUUACAUCUCCUUUAGAGACCGAGAAAUGCAGUGAAGAUUUUAACAAUAGACUCCAGGGAAGGACUGACUUCAAAUGUCUGGUUCUUCAUGGUCAGAUUCAACCAGAUGAGCAGCAGUUGGUAUUUCAGGACACCCCUUCAGGAGUCAGAAAGAUUGUCUUUGCCACAAACAGUGCAGAAACUUCAAUCACCAUUCCAGGUAUCAAGUAUGUUAUUGAUACUGGUCUUGCAAAGGAGAAACGUUAUGAUCCUCGGCGAAACAUGAGCACAUUGAGCGUAGUUCUUAUCAGUCGCAGCUCAGCAGAUCAGAGGAAAGGUCGUGCAGGAAGAACAGGCCCUGGGAAAUGUUACAGGCUCUACAGUGAAGAGACGUAUCAUGAAAUGGAAGCAGUCUCACUGCCAGAGAUACUGAAGGUUCACUUAGGACAGGCAAUGUUGAAGCUGACAGAGCUUGGAAUUAAUCCGCUAGAGUAUGAAUUUGUUCAGUCACCGGGACCAUCAGCAAUAGCUACAGCUAUGACUACACUUGAGGAACUUGGUGCAGUCAAAGACAAUAAGAUCACGGAAGAGGGGAGAGAACUAGCAAGGUUUCCUGUUGAACCUCGACUGGGACUAAUAAUCCAGAAAGGAAGAUCUGAAGAUGUUCUCUUUGAUGCAGUUGUUCUUGCAGCUGUGAGCAAUGUUGGAAGCUCAAUAUUCUUCAGAGGUGGAAGUGACGACAAUAAGAAGAAAGCUGACAAGCUGAAGAUACAAUUCUGUCACAAUGGCGGCGACAGUCUCACUUUGCUGAAUGUAUACAGAAAAUGGAACAAAGAGCCUGAAAAGGAGAAGAACAAGUGGUGCUUUGCAAACAACUUUAACUCAAAAGCUCUGCGAAUUGCCAGAGAAACUGUCAAUGAGGUGAUGACACUUUUGAAGAAGGAGGCAAAAGUGAAGGUGACGAAUGAGUUUAAAGACCCACAAGACGCAGAUGUGAAACUUCAGAAAAUACUCUUUGACAGCUUCACCUCCAACAUCUGUCAUUCUCUCGGGCUUGCUAAGGCAGGGUAUUAUGCUCCGAGACUUGAGCAACAGGUUCAUGCUCAUCCCUCUACGGUCCUGUAUCCACUCAACUUGGUUCCUGAGUGGCUUGUCUUUGAGCAGUCCAUGAAGACAUCCAAAGACUUCAUUACAGGACUGACGCCAGUGAAUGAAUCCUGGGUUGUUGAAGCCAUUGAAUCUGGACGUCUAAAGAGAGAUCUCGAAGAGAUGAGAAAGAAACAGCUUCUUCCUGUGCAUGUUGAACAUGUCGGAUCAUAUCUUUUCUGGAAGCUUGUUGGUCCUUAUUUUACAAAACUAAAACAAUUUGAAGUAGAAGCAUCAAAUCUAGUAACACCAGAUCUGGUUGUCAUUGAGGCGUCGAAGGAAAAAGGGGAACUGAAGAUAUUUUGCUCUGAUCAUACAACUGAGAAAUUAUCGCAACUCUUCAAUGAGGUAACUGGACCUGUGAAAGAGUAUUUGGAAGGAGAAGAUUUGGAAGUGCCAUUGGGUCAGACUAAAGAGAGUGCUGGUGUUCGUGUCAUCCUUGGAAAAGGGGGAGCUGUGAAAGACAUCCUCAUGGCAGAUGAAUACAGAACAAUACGUGUUGACAGCCCAGGUGAAAAUUCAUCAGCAGACACCAUCUUGAACAAGUUUGGCCGUUUUGGAAAGAUAAAGGACCACAGGGUGUUCAAGAAUCCCCAAAAGCGAUGGGGUUGUAUUACAUUUGAAUCUUCAGAUGCAGCAAUGGAAGCAGUGAAUAUGACAAAAUCUGAUUCUUCAGAAGUCGCUGUUCCUGAGAAACAUGUUCGAGGGAAUCAAGAGUCCCAGUCAAAACUCCAGGUUAAAAUAACAUGGUGUAGAAGAGAGUCCAAAGGAUUUGGUUAUGCUGACGUGGCACCAGAAGUGAUGCCACAGAUUUUGCAAAGAGGUUCACUGAACAUCAAAGAAACACUUGUAAAUAUUAGCAUUGACAAGAAAAGUGGAAAGAGCCUUUAUCUUAGAAAUCUUGGUCAAACUAUUACUGAAGCUGACAUCAAAAAGUCAAUUCUAUCAUCUAUGAACUAUGAUGAAGAUGAGGCAAACAUCAUUCAUAAGGUAACUGUAGUUAGAGAGAAAGUGAACACAACCAAAGAGCAGUUGACCACCUUCAAGACUCAGCUACAGGCGCAGCUCCAACACUAUUCACCAGACAAUAGAUUCCAGGUGGAGAUUAAAGAGCCAACAGCAACAAAUGUAUUUUACCUUGCCUUUGCAUCUUUCACAAAUCCGGAUGAGGGUAUAGCAGCUUGCCAAGGUUUGUCCAGGCAGUUUUAUCUCAAUGACCGAGUGGUCACCAUGGAGCCAGACAUAAGGUCAUCAUUGUAUGUAAACAGAGACGUACAUGCAGCAAUCAAAGAUGACCUGGAUGCAUACUUGAAAGAAUUCUCGACCUAUGGCUUCACAGAUGUUCGAGUCACUCCAAAGCCACUGAAGGACAAAACUGUACUUUAUAUCAAUGCAUCUAGUUCUAAGGAGCUAGCAAAGGUUCGAGCUGAUCUACAGAACAUCAUACAGGGAGACGUUCUUGAAUGUGGAAUGGAUCAGAAACUACGGCAACUUUUUUCAAGGGCUGGAAGGGACUUCCUAAAAGAAACAGAAAAGAAGUGUAAUGCUUUCAUUCAAGUUGAUGGUAGAACCUUUACGUUAUCCAUCCAAGGGGAAAAAGAAGCACGCGCUAGAGUACACAUUUUAAUCAAAGGUUAUCUCCAAGAAUUGUCUGAAGGAGAAUGGAAGGAGGUACAUUUGCGGGGAAGAGACAAACCUAAUGGGCUGAUGAAGACACUGAUGAAUGAAUAUGGCAUAGAGCUUGAGAAGCUACAGCAGGACAUUGGCUUGAGAUCUGUAGUCCUGAACUUCAAGCAACAGAUUGUGAAGUUGGUGGGAUCAGCUGAAGACAUUGACAAAGCUGUCAAAGUCAUAGAAGACAUUUCAUCCAAAUUGCUGGUUGGUGUCAAAGCUCCAGAGGAGGAAGAACUGCCAGAUUGUUGUGUCUGUUUCUGUCCAAUAGAACCAAAGGAACUGUGCAGACUGCAGUGCUGUGGUCACGCCUACUGUCUUGACUGUGUCAAGAGACAAGUGGAAACUGCAGUCACCGAUCGAGACUUGCCCAUCCUUUGUGGGCAUGAUGGAUGUGAUCAACCAUUUGCAUGGAAGGAUUUGUCUAAUUUGGUGCGAGAGGGGACAUUAACUGCGGCAGGUCUGGCUGUCUCCUCUUUGAGUUCCUUUGUUGGCAAAAACAGCAAACACUACAAGUACUGCUUGACCCCAAACUGCAACAUGGUGUACCGAGUGACCUCAACGGGAGCUGUGUUCCAGUGCCCUGAGUGCAGUGUAAGAAUAUGCACUAGUUGCCACACUCAGUAUCACGAUGGACUAACCUGUGCCAUGUACAAGAGUUCCAAGGAUGAAGAAGAGCUUGAACAGAGAGAGAAGGCUGGCGAAGUCAGCAUUGAAAAGUGGCUAGCUGACAAUUCCAAAACAGUAAAGAGGUGUCCUAGCUGCCAGACCCCCAUACAAAAAACAGAAGGCUGCAAUCGUAUGCACUGUACAGGAUGUAAGUGCCAUUUCUGUUGGUUGUGUCUUAAAUGGUACAGUACAUCUGGUGAAUGUUAUGCUCAUUUGAGUGAAACACAUGGGGGGUAUUUUACUUAGUAUUAUGGGCUGUUUGGCGGGGUAUAGGUUUUAACAGGAAGUCUAUAUAUUUUCACAAGGGGGUUUAUGCAUGUCUUAUAUUUUCCCUCAGUUAAGUAAGUUGAUUAUAUCUAUUUAAGUAGCACACAGUGCUGCCAAUACAAAUUAUAACAGCAGCUGGGGUAUCAUUACCAUGGCCAGCAGCACAGAGUCAUGUGCGGGUCAGCGGUUUGUAAUUAAUGCUUGAGAAUGGUCGGUUGGCAACUGAAGCUUAACAUUGUGGAUGAGGUGCGGGAUAUUGCAGGCUGACCAUAUAUUCAACGUAACACGAUACAUGGCAGUCUAACAGUGAGACUUGACCCUCGGACAUCGGCUAGGCCGGUGGACCCUCUUGCGUCUCCAGAGGCUAGCUGCAUGGAUAUAAAGUAGCAGCAUACUAUCAGAGAAUAAACGCUGUGGACCCACAGACGGACUUGUGUUCUCAGUACCAGAAGUAUCCGGUAGAGCAACGUCUACCUUUGACAUUAAGCAUAACCAUGAGCCGAUAGAGGAUUUAGCCACAAAUUGAACUGAACUGGUAACAUUUCAAAUCUGGCUCUUACUGCUAGAACCGAAUGAAUGUGAACUAUAGUCCUCGCCACUUGAAAUAGAAUCCCGAAAUAUUGCAACGAUUAAUUAACGAAGAUAGCUGCAUGUGUGCUAAUACGUACAAACUGAAAACAAGCCACUCUGCUUUUCACGAAAAGUCUUUUUCGCUAACGAUAAAUGUCAUUAAGUUUUUAUCACCUGGGUACAAUCCGGGUAAAUAUCGAGAGUCACAUGACUGCGAGCGGUAAUAUUUAAAAGCCGAAAACAAGCCACCCUGCCCAUAAGGACUCUAACCUACAGAACUGACAAAAAAUGAUAUUUCGUGAUUGUAUUUCAAGUGGUAAGGACUGGACAAGAGGACGGUGGAAAUGCAGCUUUGUUUUAGUUUAUCCAUGAAUAUAUUUUUUAGAAUGACAUCUCUGUGACAAUUUUUUACUUUUUACCAUAUAUAUGCAUGUAUAAAUCUUAAGCACCCUAUUUUGAUAUAUCGUUUGCCUUAUUUUGAUAAAUGUCUAAGAUAUAGCCGAUACCUGAUGAAAUAUUGGUACAAGACACUGUGUGGUCACAAGUACUGAAUCAUACAAUCUCAUACAAAUUCACUGAGGAAGCAAAGGAAUGGCAAAAAAACAACUAUAUUAGCAUAAAACAGGAAGAAAGCAUCAGCAGAAACAACUUCUGUUUUUGUAUUUCUAUACGAGUAUGUCUCUUUGUAAACAAAAUAUAAAGUGUUUCUUUUGACCAAAACUUAAUACACGAUCAUUUUGAAAAUUAUAAAUGGAUAUUACAAAUGGAGAAUUAACAAGUAAGCGUUGCUGAACAUUUUCCAAGUUUAAUGACUUCUUUUAUUCCUCAGAAUACUUGCCACGGAUAGUUAACAAUGUUUGUAAUUAGACUCUGGAAAAUGUAUAUACAUUUGUGAUGCCAUUAUUAAGUUUUAUAGAUAUUUCUUUUGAAUAAUAUUUUGAUCUGUCUUCGUAAAGAGUGUAGAGAACAUCAUGUAAUUAUUGUAAUCUAAAAUGUUACAUAUGAUCAUCCCUGGCAAUCUCGUUAAAAAGCUGUGUGUUCGCUACCUCUAAACACAGAUCUGCGGACAUAACAUUAUGGAUGGGUUAUAUUUUAUCCGACCAAUCAGAGCGUCGUUUACCUAGAUUGCGAGAGUGACAGUAGGUAAUGUGUUUUCUAACCAUGCGAACCUGAGAAGCAUAACACGAGACAAAUGACAGUUACAGGCUGUCCGACUGAUUCUAGACCGCCUCCAUGGCCUAGUGGUAGAACGUCCGCCUGGAGGUCCGGGGUUCGAUCCACACACGUGCAUGUACGUCGCUAUAUAAGUGCAAUAAUCUUGGACGUGCCAAUAAGCCCCAUUUCAUCGCCUCACCUCCCACUGAUUCCGUCAAAACCAUCGUCUAUCUCCCGCUUCAAUGGGAUAAACCUCUAAAAUGGAAGUCAGAGACUUUCCAUAGCCCUUUAGAAGUAAUGCCAGACAAUCCCGGCCAUCUAUCAGACAUGACAAAAUUUUCUUUUGUUCCAUUUUCAAAUUUUGAAUCAAUAAUUUCCAAAGCAUACUCUUACUUGGUAUUCUUCAGAUAAUGUAAUACAAACUUGGUGAAGGGUCUCAUGUUGAGCAGAAUUAAUGAUGUACCUAUAUUUUGUUUUCUGAUUUAAUUACCGUUGAUCAUCAUGGUUCUUUCAGGGCUGAUUUUGUAUGUAGUUGAUGUCUGAGGUGGCAUACAUGCCAAUUCGUACCUAUUCUUGUUGUAUUCCCUUGUGUUCUCAUAUUGGACUAUGUUCAGCAGACCUUUAGCCAGCUCUGAUUUCUGUUAUUUAAUGAUAAAGCCUUCAUUGCUUCUGUUUUGCAAAUUUCGCCAGAUACCUAUUGUCAAAAAUGAAUUUCUUCAUUGGGUGAAGGGUGGGUAUCAAGUACAUGUUUCAGAUCUUAUAUCUACACAGAAAGGUACUUGUCAGCUAGAAUUUUUGUGAAUCUUCAGCUCUGUUUAAUGACAUAGCUCUCAUGAUUCUUAACAGAAACUGGGCGUUAUUGACACUAGGAAACGAAACAAAGUAUUUAUUGAAAAAAUAAUAUAUUAUAUAACUUGAAGACAACUGAAGAUGAAAUCCACUUUUUGUUUGAGUGUACAAACUAUUCUGCUUUGAGAAGUAAAGACAUUUAUUAUAUCCAUACGUUUGAAGUUUUAAGACUGCUGAUAACAUUUACACUUGAGAGGAUGAAGUAUUGUUUAUUUGUUUGUUGUUUAACGCCGCACUCAGAGGAUGAAGUACUCAGUCUUCUGAAUAAACAUUGUGUGAAUGUUGUUUAAUGUAUCUCUCAGCAACAUUCCUGUUUGGAUACGAUAACCUGUGAAUAAUCUUCUUGUCACCAUGAGCAAUGAUGCAUGUCAUGGAGUACGAUGAAAUACAUUUUAACUUUCCUAUGUUAAUAGGCAAGUAAACUCAACAUUGCAACUUUACAGAUUGUAUUACUUUAGGGCAUUCUUAAUCACAAAUGCUUGACCAAAAUUAAAUUUGAAAAAGGGAAAUAGUGUAAGGCAAAUAUGCGAAAUCGUCCCCCAAAUCUGCCAUUGAAGGGAUAUACCCCUUACUGGUUUCCCCGGUCUUUGAUACACUGUGCAAUCUCAACAAUCAGACCGGCCUCCUUAUGCCUGCUUCUGGAUUUUUUAAUCUAAUUACGGGCCUUUUUCUGUCAGCUCAUCCGUUAGAUUACCGUGUCCACAACUCAUGUCAACUUAUGCUUUAUCAGCAACAACAUUGAAGAUGCCUUCAGUUGUCUUCUCAGGGAAUUAUUCCAUGACAGGCAUUCAUUGUGUGGAACAGGACCCAGGUCAGCAGGUGUUUUAUAGUACCCAUAAAAAGCUUGUUACAGACAUUAAUUGUUUUUUAAUUAUUCACAAUAUCAAGAUCAAAGGUCGUUUCACACACUCAACAGUGUAUGCAAUGUUAUUUUUGUAGACUUUUUAGAUUCCCUUUGAUUUGUUACUUCCUGGGGUAUCCAUUUAACUCCUAAACAUCACAAGAUAGAUCAUAUAAUAAAUAGAGGCUGCAAGCAAGACUUCAUAUCAGCCAAUUAAUAAAUUGUCAGGCACAGCUGCACCAUCGCGCUGGCAGCUCUAGGCCACGCCUCCAAAUAGGUUUGUUUAUUAAUCCUAUUACAAAGCGUGUGAUUCAGCACGUUUGACGAAUGUUGUUUUUUCCUCUCUUGGGAAUCGACUUUGGGGCUGGCCAUUUGAUAUUUAGGGGGCCCCCAGGUUUUGGGGUAGAGUCUUUUUUUUUUCUUCUUCAUUUUUAGGGGCUGAGAUUUUUUUUUCUCAAAAAGAGAGCUGAGAUUAUAUUUUUACAGCACCGUUCAAAUUCAACCUAUGGAAAGACUGUUAAAUAUGCUUACUGUUUACUAAAACAUAAUAACUGUACAGAUGUAGGUGAUUUUUAAACAGAACAAUGAAAAUAGCAGUAUAAUAAAGCAUUUUAUAAAAUAAUAAAAAAAAGACCAUUUUGUUAUGUUUGUACUCACAUCUACUGGAGGAAUGUACUUUUCAAUUACUAAGAUGAUGUGGAUGAUGGA